AUGGGCAACGACGCGGAGCGCAAGGAAUACGUCCUCUCCGAGUUCGGCGUCGUCUUCCGGGGCAGCGUGAACCACAUCUCCAGCUUCGGGUGGAACUUUGGCCAGGUAGGGGGAAGCCUUUGGGCGGGGGCUGGAGACCGGGGUGGGGAGGGGUUAGGAGAGACGCUACCGGCCCCGUCCAGAAAUGCCCAGAGCAACUGGAGCUCAGCUACGCGCACACGCGCGCCCUCCAAAUCCCGUCCCCCCCCCCACUUUCUCAAAAGAAGAGAGAGAAAAUGGGUCCUGGAUGUGAAACCAAAGGACCUUUCCAGCUCCUCCUCAAUUCCAGGUGUGUCUCCUCCCCCGCGACCAGAGCGCACUUCCUAGGCUGGCUGGACGGUCCCUGGGGGUCUUCGGGUUGCCAUAUUUUGAAGAGCAAAAAACAGGACACAUUUGUCGACUUCUGCUUUUAGCUAUGGAUCAGUGGCCUAGCGUGGGGGGUGCAGGGGGGGGCCGGCCGCACCGGGCGCAACAUCUGGGGGUUAGGGGGCGCAAAUUACUUGCCUUGCCCCGGGUGCUCACAACCCACGCUACGCCACUGCUAUGGAUCACCAUGAUAGGGCUGCCAUACGUCUCGGUUUUCCCCCAGACACGUCCGUGAAUCGGGCUGUCAAAACGGUGUCUGGGAGGAUUUUUCGCCAACUCCGGAAGUAUGGCAACUUAGGGCACUUUUUGAGGAAAAUGCUGUAAAAAUCCCCCAAAAGACCCAAAACUUAGUUUUUUGGGGGGGGAGAUGAUGGCUCUACCCAUGAAAAAGAGGACAUAUGGCAAUCCCGGGAAGGGGGGAGAGGGAGAAGGAGGAGCCCCUGGCCUGGGUCGUCUUAACAAGCUGAACAUUCUCUGGGACAGUCUGGGUUACUCCCAAGCCUCUUCCCAAGGGAGGGAGAGGGGCAGGAAACCUUCGGAGCCACUGUGGGCCCCUCUCGCCCACCCAGGCCUUGUGAGAGAUUAGCAGCCAAACCUCACAAGCACAUAUUUAUAUUUAUUAUUUAUUUUAUUAAGUUUGUAUGUCAGCCUUCUUCCAAAGAUCACAGUUCACAACAUAAAAAUACAGAAAAAUACAAAAUGAAAACACAAAAUAAAUAAGAAAAGCAAAAGCAAAACAAGCCAGUAAUUCCCCCAACACAUGAGAAGGCGCUAAAUCCACAGAACUGUAUUGAUGAGAGGCUGACUCAGACCAUAGAAAUGCAAUUGGUAGAGAGGGCUCUGUGUGAUAUCAUUUCCCCUCCUCUCCUGCAGAGGAAGGAACAAAUAGUACCUGCUCUCUUCCUUCAACCAGUUCAUAGUUGGAGUCGCUCAAAAUGCAGGGGAAGCUCCAGGUUAUGUGUGUAGCACUGGGUGAUGCUGCCACAGGAUGAAGAACCAUUUCAUUUGUCUUCCUCUCUGUGUUCAGUUUCAAGAGGGCAUUUUGGACAUCUGCCUUGACAUCCUAGACCGGAGCUUGAGCUACCGCAAGGACCCAACUGCUGACGUGCGCAGACGAAAUGACCCCAAAUACGUUGGGCGGGUGCUCAGCGCCAUGGUAAGGAAAGCCCAGCACGAGCCAGCCUCCCACCCACCCCAUGGAUAGGAGCGAGCGUCCCUGAGAGGAGCCACGAGGGGGCUCUCACCUGCCUGCCUACAAUUUUAUGAUUCUAUUAACUUUGCAAAAGGAUGUGGAGGUGGGAUCAUGGGUGGAAAGGGGAAGGCAGGCAGGCAGCCCGCUACUCCCUUCCUGCUGCUCCCUGGUCCAAUCCAGCCUGUGCAAAAAAGGGGGAGCAGCUCAUUGGCCUCUCUCGAUUCCCCCCUCCCCCGCUGCAGGUCAACAGCAAUGACGACAGAGGAGUCCUGCAAGGAAACUGGAGUGGGAAUUACAGUGGUGGGGAGAGUCCAAGCAGCUGGAAUGGAAGUGUGGACAUCCUGAGAAAAUGGAAGGACUCGGGAUUUAGACCUGUCCUGUAUGGGCAGUGCUGGGUCUUUGCUGGAGUGCUGACUACAGGUAGGUCUGCCUGAAAUACUGGCAUGCACCACCAAGCCGCUGGGGUGAGGAAUUAGCUCAAGCACCAGCUGUGGGUUUUCAUGGCAGGCUCUGCUGCCUCUGGUCAGCAGCCAAACCACAGGUGACAGGCAUGCAGCAAGCAUUUCGUCUGGGCAAAACGGAUGGCUGAGUGCAAUGGGUGCCAAUGCCUUUUGCUGCAAGCAGCUUCUCUGCUGCUGCUGCCCCCACCACCCCCAGAACAUUAGAGUCCCCAGGGAACCAUUGCUGGAUGGAUUUUGUGGGAAGGAUAGGAUAUACGAUUUCCCCCUUUCUCCCUCUUAAUAAAAGAAUCACAUGUAAAAUAGUACUUACAUAAAGUCUUGCACUUGAUUCCAGCAGUUACAAACAGGCAAAUUCUGCUUCUAGAUUACAAUGCAUAGUUGAGGUCAAAAAUGGAAUCUCCACUGGGGGAGAGACCAGACAGACAUCCAUCUGCCUCAGAAGCAUGGCAGAAAAGAUAAUGAGUUCUGAAGCAGGAGGAAGUAGAAAAAAUUAAAUCCCUUUGUCUUUUUCCUGCUAGAGAACUCAAGGGAAGUGCUGUCAAACAGAGCUCUGUGUCUGCAAAUUACAUUGCUUUUCUUUGCAAUCUGUCUAACCAGAAAUUUGCAGCACUGUGGUUGUUAGUCUCUAGAGUUAAGGGUAAAGGUAAAGGGACCCCUGACCAUUAGGUCCAGUCACGGACGACUCUGGGGUUGCAGCGCUCAUCUCGCUUUAUUGGCCAAGGGAGCCGGUGUACAGCUUCCGGGUCAUGUGGCCAGCAUGACUAAGUCGCUUCACUGUGACCUUCAGAUCAGCAAGCCCUAGGCUCUGUGGUUUAACCCACAGCGCCACCCGCGUCCCUAGUCUCUAGAGUUACUCAACCUCAAUAAUGCAUUGUUAUUUUGACAACAAACCUCCACAGCCAAGGGGUCACAGAAAAUUCUCUAGAAUAUUCCAAGGGGAUAUUCUAAGGAUAUUCCAAGGGGGUCACAGGUGAAAAUCACAUAAAUGGGGGGGCAUAGCACGAGGCUAGGGGGCCACAGAGGGAAGUGAGAAGGGAAGAAAAAUAGGCACAUAUAGAAUCCUGAUUAGCUAGCUAUCUGCUUGGUCAAUGGCAAGUGGGUAAGGGGGAGGCCCACCAGGGCCUAGCACUCCUUUUUGCCACAUGUGUUUUCUUGGAGCAGUCCUGGGAUGUUUCUGAUAGGAGAGGGCGAUUGCUGAUGCUCCUAUUUUGACCAGUAGAGCUACCGAUCCAGAACCCCCAGGUCAGGUGGGGUGGCAAUGGGUAGGGCUGGGCGAACCAGAGCUGCUUGUAGCUGCCACCAGUGCUGGGCCCAGUGGCAGCCUGGGCCUGACUCUGCAAGGCACAGGGUCCAAUCCACCCAGCACUGGAUCAGGUAGAUCAGGGUCUUCAGAUGUUGCCAAGGGGCACAAGGCCUGUUGGCAGCGUCUGCUCAGCUUUGCAAGGCGCAGGGCCUAGCUGAACGGGGUCAUUUGGUGCAGCUGACUUGCAUCUAGUAAAGAACGAUCUACUCAGAAGAAAGCUGCACUGAGUUCAGUGGGCCUUACUCUCAGGUAAGGGGGGGGCGCUAUAGUGUUUUAUAUAGGCAGCCAGGGCUCCUCCGGAUGACAAUAUCUUUUUGCACCCAGUCAGUGAGGACCACUUGCUUUUUAAAUUUCUCCCAUACAUGCAGAACUCCCUGUGUGCCUUUUGGACUAUAUCUGUUGGUAUCCCCCUCUGUGUCAAAUAACUGAGGUCAAACAAGUGUUUACUUUUUAUAAGGAGGUUCUGGACUCUCCUUCCUUGGAGGUUUCUAAGCAGAGGUUGGAUGGCCAUCUGUCAGGGAUGCUUGAGCUGAGAUUCCUGCAUUGCAGGGGGUUGCACAAGAAAGAUCCCUUGGGGUCCCUUCCAGCUCCAUGAUUCCAUGCUUUUCUGCUUCAACAUUUCAUUCUGUCCCUAUCAUUUGAUGUAAUUGCGGCAAGUGAAAUGUCCAGUCCAGGGGUCACCAUCCCACACAGGCCUAGGAGCGGGACAGAAGGAUGUGCUGCACCAGUAAAUCCGGAAGUAAGGAGAAGGAGCCAUAGCUGGAUCCAGAGAGCCCUUUGCUCCACGGCUCCCCUUCUUCCUCAUGGCUCAGAGCGACCUGCACUUGUGCUUCUGGUCUGAGCUUUGAUUCAGACUUGUGGCCCUUUCUGCCUGGGAUCCUGGGCAUGGAACUAGGCUGGGUAUGUUUGUGUGUGUUGUGACUGGGGAGAAAAGCGUCACCCUCUCUGGAUCUGCAAACUCCCCUGGUGGGGCUCUUUCCGGGCUGGUGGUCUCGGUAGUCUGAUACGCUCUGUUGGGUCCCCCUGGCAUUUUCAGAUGUGUGAGGAGGCAGAAAAAGUGCUGGCCCUGACAAAGAGGACAAUGGGGCAUGGGGCAGCCAUCUAUCUAGUGAUGAAGUUUCAACUUUGCACCUGCCUCUCGCACCCAGCACCUUAGACCGUCCUCGUCACAGGAGACUCCUGAGUGGGAAUGGCAGCCACUGCUCUACUUCCUUCCAGUGACCGCUCCCCUUUCCAUGCUUACUCUUGCGCCAGCCCACAGGGUCAAUGGCAACAUCUCCCAAGGAGUGCUCACAGGCCACAGAGCCAAGAGCACCUGCCUGAGAAGUUGAUGUUUCAACCAAGAGUAUUCUGCAGCCAUUGCCUCUGCCCCUGAGGAACAGCCUCACAAAGUUCAUAUUUUCUCUCUCAUUCCCUCUCAGUCCUCCGAUGCCUGGGAAUUGCAGCACGCAUGAUCUCCAAUUUCAAUUCUGCCCACGACACCGACGGAAGCCUGACUGUGGAUAAGUACCUUGACAGCUUUGGGAACCCUCUGAACAUUGGCUCCGACAGUGUCUGGUAACUCAGCCUGACUCUUCCCCCCACCUCACCAGCAUCAGUUGCAUUUCUGCACAGAGAGGCAGGGCCCUGGGUGGGUGGGUGAAAGGGAUCUCUUGGUCCUUUCCUUGGCUCCCUUGGCAGGAGGAAGUUGCCGUGGUGGAAGCCACAAUCUGCCCUCAUCUCACUGCAAACCUUCACAUCAGGCUUGUUUAUUCUCUGGCCCAGGAACUUCCAUGUCUGGAAUGAAGGUUGGUUUGUCCGGCCGGACAUUGGCUCCCAGUUCAAUGGGUGGCAAAUUCUGGAUGCAACUCCCCAGGAGAGGAGCACAGGUGAGAACUGGGGGGGGGGGCUGAUUUGUGCUUUGCCUUCUUGCCACACUGUUCCCCAUGGCAGAAAUGUCCAGGUUUGGUGAGGGGCUAAGUGGCGGGCAGCAGAAUCAAAGAACUGUAGUGUUGGAAGCGACCCCAAGGCUCUGUGUUGUUCCAGUUCAAUUCACUAUUUGGGACCAAUUCUGAUCUGCUAAAUCCCAAGCUCUGUCCCCUACCCCUUGACUAUAUAAUGGGAAAUCUAAAAUCAGCAAUAAUUCCCCACCUGCAUUUUUGCAGAGGUGGAUGACAUUUGCAGGCAAAGGAUCUCCUCCAGAGCCUGCCAAGCUCCAUGUGGAUUCGUCCAGGGGGGUUUCAUCCAAGGGACCUGUGGGAAUGUUCAGGGUGGCAGGAGAGGAUAUAUUUUGUAUUAAUAAUCUUCCUAACAUGCGCUAGCAAGUUCCUUAUGUAGCAGAGUUACGUUCCCCUUCUCAUGCACAGCAGAAACUGGUUGCAGGCUCAUUAGAACCUCUUACUAUUAUGCAAUUCAAUCUGCCUCAGAGUGAAUUGUAUGUUCCUGGUAAGAUCCCCUUUUAAAUCCCUCUUAAAAGAAUAAAGACACCACAAUCCUCUUCAUAGUCAACAAAAAGUAAGUUUACUCACUUUCAGGCAGUGCACAGUAUCAGUCCUGAAGGCUUAAAGACUUAAAGUUACAAAUAGCAACAUGUGGAUUUACCCCAUAUCCCUGUGCUGCUGUUGGCUGAAAGCCAACAGAGCAGUCCUAGCUGGAAGCAGACAAAAGGAGAAAGGAAAAAAGGGAGGGAGUGCUCUAUGACUCGUCCUUUUGUUACCUGGACAGGUGAGGUCAUGCCCACCUCUGGUCACAUGCAAGAGGAAGGAUGCUCCAGGCCAGGAGGAACAGGAAGUUUCAACUGGCUGGACCAAACAUUCCCUUGCAUGUCCACUCUAGCAUUACAAGGAAUGUUGUACAUCCCACAAGACCUUUAAGGGCUAUUUUUCUCAUGGGAGCAAAAGAAGGUUGCUUGUUUAUUUUGUGGCAGAAUUGGAAUAAGAGGCAUCCCCUCCUGAGAGGAGGAUGUCUCUGUGAAGGGCAGUGGCCCCUCCUCAGGGGCUGCCGUUGGCAUUUGGGGCAGGUGGGGAGAAGCCCCCUUCCUCUCCCAGUCUUAUGCGGGCAACUGGGAACCUGAGACUGGGAGCCGCCCUUGGCUAAGAAACCUGCCAAAGUUCAGACAAAGAGGUCCAGGGGCUCUCGUUUUAGGGAAGCUUGCCUUUGUUGUCUAAAAAGGGGGGGGGAGUCACAAUUUUUCUUCCCCCAGUGUUUCUGGAAGAGUCAAUGCUAUAGGAACAGUGAUUCUCAAGGUUUCCCACCAGCUAUUCUCUUUUUAAAUAUAAUUUUGUAUCAUUCACUAUUAAAUGUUGAUAGUUUUGUUUUAUAUGUACCGAUUUUAGGGAGCCUGGCAAAGGGGCGAACAAAACCUUUUGCUGCAAUGUCAUCCUGGUGGGGGAUUUGUGGGAGCAGUCAAUGACAGAAGGAAAAUGAAUGAAAAAUGGAAUUAAUUUUUAAAGAAAUUUAAGCAGGGGGACCUUUUGCCCAUCAUAUUAUGAAACCUGCUGGAGUGCCGUGUACAAUAAUAUGUAUUUUUUGAAAGGAAAGAUUUUGUGGAGGGCAGAACACCAAGGUGGAUUGUAGGGACCAACCAGCAGCAACAUUUGGAAUUUGCACCAGCUGCCAUUCUGCUAUCGGGCCAAGUUCAAGGCCUUGGUACUUACACAUAUGGUCCCUAUACAGCUUGGGACCAGGUUCCUUGCAAGAGAGACCAUCUUAUCCCUUUGCUGCCCACAGGGCCGGAUUUAGGUUUGAUGAGGCCCUAAGUUCCAGAAGGGAAUGGGGCCCUUUAUAUGCCCAGCUGUCCUUUGUCAACAACAAAUUGUCCAUUCACAUCAAAAUAAUUUUGAAUUACCAAUAUACAUAAAAUUGAUUAGUUUUAAUAGGUCCAUACACAACACAAAACACUGUUGCUGUAUGUAGGUUUUAUUUUAUUUGUUUUUUAUCUUAUAUUUUGGAAAUGUACAUCCAGGUUGUUUUUUUCCUUUAUUUUUUUUUUCGGGGGCCCAAGCUAUGUAAAUCUGGCACUGGCUGCCCAGUAGGUGGCUGCAGCUGGCAGGAGGUUUCUCCUGCAAGUUAAAAAAACUCUCCCCUGCCUCUCUCUCUGCCCCUUCUCUCACUCCCAAACUCACAAUGCCUACGACGACAAUGGCUCUCACCAAAAGCAGCUGACCUGUCAAGAAGAGGGCUUUGAGUGUGGCUGCCCUUCUUCUGUGGAGCAGCAUCCCUGUUGAGAUAUGACAGGCAGCCAUGAUCUGCACUUUCUGGAAGCAGCUGAAGACAUUUUUGUUCUGACGGGCUUUCCCAGCUGACUUAGUGGGUCUUUGCUAUGAAAGUUUAUUUUGUAUGCUUUUCAUUUUGUUUUAAAUGUAUCUGCUAGCUGGGGUUUUGUUUGCCCCCUCCCAAACUGUUUUCUUGCAUGUGACCUUGAGGCGCAGAAUGCCCACUGGUUCUCCCUCCCUUUCCUUCCUGCAGGCAUCUUCCAGUGCGGUCCAGCUUCGCUGACGGCCAUCAAGGAAGGAGACGUCGACCUGAACUACGAUUGCCCGUUCGUCUAUGCAGAGGUCAAUGCCGACCGCGUCACCUGGACGUAUGACACGAACACGGGAAAGAAAACAAAGGUCUACUCUAAGACCAAGAAGAUUGGCCAGAACAUAAGCACCAAGGCCGUGGGCAGCAAUGCCCGCCAGGAUGUCACCAACAAUUAUAAAUACCCAGAAGGUAAGGCAUGCAAAUUGAGACAGAAACUGGAAAUGUUGAGGGAUCUGGAUUAUUGCCAAGGAAAUGAGCACUUACCCAAGUUGUGAGGACAAGACUGGCCCAUCAGGAGAGCAAAGCAGAGGGAGGCUCACAUGGGUGGAGCCAGUAUUUUUGUUGGGGGCAGAACCUCAGUUAAAUAUUUUUAUGGAUUUACUUGAUGGAGGGGAGAUGCUCCCUGCUGCCCCUUGGCUACACCCAUGGAGGCUCAGGUGUUUCUCAGAGCAUUUCCCAGAAGCUACUUUGGGCGCCCUGUCAGCAGAUUGGCCAGGGCAGGGAGGGCGGAACAUGGGUGGUAUUGCCCACCAAUGAGUGGGAGGGAGGACAGGCAAAGAUUUUCAGUCCAUGCGCCACACCCAAGCUAGGCCUGAGCAAAGAGCCCCAUGGUCUGCCUGCCAGCCCUCAGGACCCCAGCUCUUCUGUGCCACCAGGCCUUGCACUGCUAGGAUGGCUGCGAGGCUGAGGCCCCAAGAGCCCCUGGCCUGGGGAAGGAGAGGGAAGGUGCCCUUCAUGCAACUGCUGGUCCCUAUGGCUCCUGCACUGGGGCCUAACAGCCCCGCUGGGCUUUGCCACCUGCUGUUUCUCUUCCAGGCUCAGAGAAGGAAAGAGCCGUCUUCAAAAAGGCCAGUGAGAAGCUGAACCUGAACACGUUCAAUGCCAUAUCUGCCAAGGGUCCGGAAGCUGUGAACCCAAACCUCUCAGGGACUCUGAAGUCCAAGAGCCCUGAGCCAAAGGUUGGUCAGGAUGUUGACUUGGUCUUCACCCUGAAGAACCUUGCCUCCAAGGCCAGGAGCCUGACGGCCAAGAUGACCGCCUGGUCCAUCGUCUACAAUGGGAAGCCCAUCCAUGAAGUCUGGAAGGACUCUCUCGCAGUGACUCUGGGCCCGCAAGAAGGUAAGCCUUUUGUGGGCUCCCCACAGCAAGGGGGCAGCCUCCAAUGCCCCCUCUUCCUCCUCCUUUGCCCACAAGCCACAGUCGGGCCUUCUGGAGAAGCCCCACUCGGGUGGGGGUGGUGGCAGAGGCACCUCUCAUAGGUCUCCCUCUUGGCUUGCUGGGGUGGGGGAUGGCGAGUUCCAGCGACCUCCUCAGAUCUUGGGGUGCAAGGAACUUCCACUGCUGGUGUGUGCUGACCUCUGUGCUUGGCCUGCCCCUUUUUCCACUUGCUCUACCCCAAGAGAUGGGGGGCUCCUCUUUUUGCACCCAUGGGCAAUGUUGGGGGGCAAGGGACACGGAAGAGGGGGAUCAUUGCUCCCCAUAUCUGCCCCCAGCUAGCCAAGUUCCUGCCUUGGCAGCCCCUGACUGUUCUCCACCAAGGGCUAUGGGACUCACCUUCCCCUGAAGAAAGGGCAACGUUUUGGGGUUCUUCCUGGCAUCCGAGGGGGAUUUUGAGCACCGCAAGAGCUUCCUCUGCACCGGCCGCUGAGCCACAAGGUGUUGCAACUAUGAUGCAGUGCAUGUGCAUGAGGCCGGGUGCCAAAUUAGGUCUCCCAUGGGUGCUGCUGAACUAUGGAAGACCAAAGUCUGCCCCUGCCGGCUUGCGUGACCCACAUCUCAUGGAAGGCCCUUUGGUUACUUGUCACUUUCAGAGAAAAAGUUUCCUCUCAAGAUCUCAUACGCUGAGUACCAGCAACACCUGACGCCAGACAACAUGAUUCGAGCCACAGCCUUGUGCCAACUCUCAGAGGGAACCGAAGCCGUGGUGGAAGGAGACAUCACGCUGAGCAACCCCUCCGUCACCUUGAAAGUAAGCCUUCCUCAGCUGCCUCUGUGCCCAGGAGAGGCUCCUGAGUGCCUCCCUGCCUUGAUGCCCACAGAACUGCCUCUCAAGUUUCUCUCUCUGCUUGCUGGGCAGUGCAUGGCCCUCCCAGGCAUGCCUUUGGAGGCCUGUGCCCUCCUGGCUUUGCCCCCUGGGAGGCCUGGGGAGUGGCCCUCCUACUCAAUGGGGGCUUUUCUCUGGGCAGGUGCUGGGACAGGCGAAAGUGGACCAGCCGCUGAAGGUGGAGGUGGUCUUCACCAACCCUCUCAAUGAAGAAGUGAAGGACUGUGUGCUGCAGGCAGAGGGCAGUGACUUGCUGGCAGAGAAGCUCAAGCUGGAGUAAGUGCCUGGGACAUCCAGACAGGGGGGGUGCCGUGUCCCCUCCCCAGGACUGGGGGUGGCUGCUGGGGUGCUCCCUUGUGGUGCUCCCACCUCCCAGUUCCUCAGCUGCACUUCCAGAGCAGGCAAAGUCGGGGCUCCAGUCUCCCGGGUGGGGGGUCUGGAAAGGGGUGCCCAGAAGGGACUCCUGUGUCUUCCUGGCCAUGUGGGGCUUCCUUUGCUCACUACCCAAAAGAGUCACAGCCCACUUUUCUAUCACCUUCCAAGGCAACUUUUCUAUGUGUACCAGGAAUUGUCAGUGACAGAGGCUGGGGCCCCUUUUGCUUCAGAGGUGUCUUUUAAUAGUUGAGAAAUUGCUUCAGGGAAUCGUGAGUGAGUGUGUGUGUGUGUGUGUGUGUGUGAGAGAGAGAGAGAGAGAGAUUGAGAGCUGUGCACAGGCAGCCUCUGCUGCAGACAUGAGUUUCAGCCACCCUUUAGAAAUGUUUGCCCCCAACACCCCACUGCUCAAACUGCUCAUUUGUAACCCCCCCGGCUUGCCAACCACCCCAGGCAGUGCUUAGCACUGGUGCUGUCACUCACCCCACCUGGUGGCAGCUGUGUGGGGCUGGGGCUGGGUGUCCCCACUGCCUUUCAACACUCCAGCCAGGAACUGGCAAAGGCAGAGCUGGGCUGCUGUUUCUUUGGCACAUCCAAAGUCAGGAGGAGGCUGGGCAGCCAAUGGGGACAAACUACUCUGAGGAAGAAAAGUGAUCUUAGAAGAAAGACUUCAAGGAGGACCCUUCUAGAGAGGAAUUGGGACACUGGGUCCCUGCUUCCUAAUGAGCAAGCUUUGAUGGGAUGUGGAAGUAUUUUGUGGGGAGAGGGACCCGUGCUCCAAACUGAAGGUCCCACAAGCCACUUGUGUGCUCAGCUGGGACCAGGCUGGCUCCUCACCUGGCUGGCGUGGAUGUGGGAGCUCAUGGCUACCUUCAGCCUGAGCUGCUUAACUGGGGAACAUUUAGUUUGACCCUCAAAUCAGAAGAAGGAUAAAUUCCCAGGCAUACGCCCCCCCAAAUACCCUUCCUGCCAUCUGCUGCCACUGCCACAAGGUGAUGGGGCGAGGGAGGGGCCGUCCAGAGCUGCUCUUCCUAGGGUGGUCUGAGAGGGAGGUGAGGGGUAAUGGGAGACUGCUCAGCACCCACUGCCCGCCCCCCGAGUGGGUCCAUCAUGCUCAGCCAUCCAUCGUUUCUCCAGGCUCAGAGUCCCCCCACUGGCUGCACCUCAGGCUGUACCUUCUGGUCCACCUGAAUGAUCAUGGCAUGUCCAUCCUGGACCCCGUUAGUCGCAACCCCCCUGCUCUGGUCCCUUUGGCAGCUGCCCUCCCAGCCGUGGGUCCUUCUGCAGGGGAAGCACCUGCUUCUGCCACUGUCCCCCCCCCAACUCAGAGUUAUUGUGCUUGAUCUAAUUAGCAGUGAAAAGCAAAUGAAGCAGCAGCCUGGCCUGCGCAUGGGAACCCAGCAGCGAGAGGGAGACCCCGCCUGGUGGGCAGGGCCUGGGAGAGCCUCUGGCUUGGCGGCUGCUGCUGCAGGAGCUAGCCCUGGAGUCCUGAAGGGCAGAGGAGGGCCAGGCAGCCCCCAUGCCAGGCCCACAGCUCCUCCUGAGCAUCAGCUGACUGGCUCCUUUUGCUCCUUGUUUGCAGCGCGCCACCCCUGCAGGCCAAGCAGAGCACCCGCCUCGAGUUCGAGGUCAAGCCCAGCAAGAGUGGGACGAAGCAGCUGCUGGUUAAUUUCUCCUGUGACAAAUUUCAAGACAUCAAAGCCUUUGAGCCCAUUAAUGUCUCUGCCUGA